AGAUACACUGUACCAGAUACAAGCCUGUUCUGUGAGUGACGCUCAUUUUGCGCUAUUCAACAUCCACUGAAGUCAUGGGGUUCUUCCUGCUGAGGAUGUUUUUCUUUCUGAUUGGCGACCUGGACCGUGCAUUUAAAGGAGUCUCAGCGCUCGACUUUGUUCCCGUUCAAGACACGAAUCCCCACAGCACAAUGCACCUUUGGCGACCAAUUAGCGUCUUCUUCGUUGGCGACGAACGGUUCCGGACGCUACAAGACACAGCCGUAAUGCCAGACAACGUCACGGAGUUUUAUCUAUACUCACAGAGCAUGCUAAAUAUCCUGGCUUUCAAGUACCGACAAGAGUUCCCACGGUGUGAUAUAAAGUUGAAAACCAGCGGAACAUAUGCGAUGAAUGACAAGGAAACAGACAAGUAUAUCCCUAAGAGACCCAGUUGGUUUGAUGAGAUAUCUGACGAUGACUUUAUCGACGCCCAUGACCUAGGUAGCUUGGAAGACUUCGUGGAGCAGAACACUGCCGCGAGUUCUGCUGACAUUGUUGUUGCGCUGAUUCGGAACGGAUGUCGCUAUUGCUGCAAAAUUCAAGACGUCGCUCUGCCAGGGUAAUCAAGGCGAAAGUUGAAACGCUUCUGUGUGACGUCUGACAUACUGUGUACAACGUAAUCCCAGUUGGAGACAGGGCACACACGUGGUCAACGAGGUUCGUAAAAAGAGUCCGUGAGCUAUAGCCUUAUCAGAACUUGCAUGUAGAAUGUGAUACAAACACUUUCUUGCUUGUUCGGUUCUUGCAGUACUGAUCACAUCAAAUCACCGCAUUAGUGACUCAUACAACGGAAAGGGAUAUAAAAUCGCGCUGGUCACUCACCUGAAGAAGAAUCAGUAAUCCACGGCCGACCUAUAUUGCCCCCCUCCCCCCUCAUAUGUGAACACAACAUGACACUUUCCCAUGUACAUCACAUACGUGUGUUGAAUUCCAAUGGCAGAUUCGAAGCGCUUCCAAAGCACAGUCCGUUGCUCAACCGGGAGAAAGUCUGUUCUAUUUGCAGAUCGGGAACAGUGCUGGAGCCAGCGGGAGCUUCGGAGGGGCCUGAGAGCCAAGGUCGCUGCCACGGCAACGCAGACUUCUCCGCCAAAAUAGGCAGACUCAACAGUUAUUCUCGGUGGCAUGUCACUUAUCGCUGGCACUUCCUAUUUGCUGUCCCUGCUUUGCCUACAUUACCGCUACGCAAUAUGUCUUCGCCGUGACUGAUAUUUCGCGUCUUACAUGUCGGUGAUUUUGUUUCUUGAAGAAGCCGGUGUUGUCAGAUGCUACCAGCGCAACGUUAGGAAAUGAGGAGGACCUUCAUGUAACAAAAUACAGGA